AUGGCAAAGAAACCUGCAGCCCAGUCCCCAGCCACCAAAACAUCUGCUCCUGUUGCCGCCGCCAAACCUCCGGCCGCAGCUACACAGACCAGCAAACCCUCAGGAUCCUUCACGUCCAGUCCGGCACCUCCCACAAAGCCUGUACAGUCAAGCACACUGUCUCCUCGCUCGUCACCACAAGAAAUCAUCAUCCAUGUCUGGAACAAGUAUCUACAAGAUACCCCUUCACGGACCAUGCUGUUGGACGUCUUCAUGGCCUGGCUAGUCGUCGUGGGCGGCUUGCAGUUCCUCUACUGUGUGCUAGCUGGCAAUUACCCCUUUAACGCCUUCCUCUCCGGCUUCUCUGCCGCCGUCGGUCAAUUUGUUCUUACCGCUUCAUUGCGCAUGCAGACUUCCGAAAGACCACCGGCAGGGGCAUCUACGGGAGCGAAAAAGUCGACGGCCAAGACCAUCGAUGGUGUGACGGGAGAACUGGUGGAGAACACGAAAAUCAGUUCUGAAAGAGCGUUUGCAGACUUUGUCUUUGGGAGCCUGAUAUUGCAUGGGUUCUGUGUCAACUUUAUCAACUGA